UAUUGGAACGGUAGCUGCAACUGGGUAUACUACCACUUUACCACGUCUCACUUCAGCCUGGGCCAUUAAAUUAUUAUGAAACUCUUUUCUUGCAAUUUCGAAAUAUUUUAUUUGAGGAAGAACUUUUUAUUAUGUGAAGCAAAACCCCGGAGACAUUCUUUUUCAACAUGAAUGCGCGCUCGUCAUUAGCCGGCUUAAAAUAUUUAGCUUAAUGGUCUACUUACCACUUUGUGUAAUUCUUUGUAAAGGCCGACUUCUUUUCGUUUUAUCAUCAUAUCAUAUAUAUCAAAGUCAUUUUGAUGCGUUUUUGUGUAUAGACUGGAGUCCAUGGCAAACUAGCAACAGAUUUUUUUUUGUUUGUUUUCAUUUAAAGACUAAAUAUCCUUCAAACAUUUCUGAAUUUGAGUUUUACGACAUUACGACGGAAUCUAAGACUGAAUCCCAUUUGUAUUCGUGAGCCUUAAAUCUUUUUUCUAUACCCUGUUUAGUGUAUUAUUUCUCAUUGGAUUCAGGAUGUUCGCCUUCUUAGCAGCUCUGUUAUGCUUUUACGCGUUGGGUAAUGGAAGGAUUGUGCACGGUCAGGGUGCCAAAGAGACCCGCUAUAUUUGUACCGCAAUACCUGCAGGUAACAACCCAAGUUGUCCACUACCCCCAAUGCCCAUGCAGACCACGGGCGCGGAGGAAGAAGAAUUAAAGAACACAGUCUUGCAACUGCGCGAGACAAUCCUACAACAAAAGGAGACUAUUGUUAAUCACCUCGGUACAAUAAAGGAGCUGACUUCCAAACUUUCGCGCUGCGAGUCUGACAUGCUACCGGACGGGAAAUAUAGAGGUCAAGGAUCCUGGAGAAAAGACAAUAAGAACACUAUGGGGGAUCUCCCUCGAGACCCUAGUGAUUCGAUUGAUCACCUUGGAAAGACCAUGCAAAGUCUCAAAGAUCGGCUGGAAAACUUGGAGCAACAGCACAUGAGAGCCAAUAUGUCCGGCGCGUCGUUUCCCAACGAGCUUCGCGACUUGCUCCAGCGUAGGCUGGGAGAUUUAGAGACUCAGCUUCUGAGUAAAGUGGCUGAGCUGGAGGAGGAGAAGUCCCAGCUGUACAAUGAGACGGCUGCCCACCGCCAUCGCACUGAGAGCACCCUCAACUCCCUCCUGGAGAGAAUCAGCGAGCUGGAGAAAGGUAACAGUGGAUUCAAAUCCCCUGAGGAUUUCAAAGUUUCCCUCCCUCUGCGCACAAACUACCUGUAUGGGCGCAUUAAAAAGAGUCUGCCAGAGAUGUAUGCCUUCACCGUCUGCAUGUGGCUCAAGUCCAGUGCCAGCCCUGGUAUAGGCACUCCAUUUUCCUAUGGUGUUCCAGGACAAGCUAAUGAAAUUGUACUGAUCGAAUGGGGAAACAAUCCCAUAGAGCUCCUGGUCAAUGAUAAGGUGGCACAGCUGCCCCUGUCAGUCAGCGAUGGCCGAUGGCACCACAUCUGCAUCACCUGGACAACCAGAGAUGGACUCUGGGAGGCCUAUCAGGAUGGAGAGAAGCUGGGAUCAGGAGACAAUCUGGCCCCAUGGCAUCCCAUUAAGCCUGGAGGGGUCAUCAUUCUGGGUCAGGAACAGGACACUGUAGGUGGGCGGUUUGAUGCUACGCAGGCCUUUGUGGGAGAGCUAAGCCAGUUCAACUUGUGGGAUCGUGUGUUACGGCCCGUGGAUAUAAUGAACAUGGCUAACUGUUCUUCUUACAUGCCGGGCAACGUCAUACCUUGGAUCGACACCAACGUGGAAGUCUUCGGUGGAGCUACCAAGUGGGCACUGGAGAUAUGUGAAGAUAGGUUUUUUGACUCCUAAGGGGUGCUCUGUUUUUGGAUCGAACCUCUGCCAGGCCUCCCCCAAUGCACACUGCAUUCCCUUUGCUGCUUCAGAGAGGCUGUGCUCAAGAUGGCCCAUCUGGAGUUUUGGGUGAGUGUCUGGGGGGAGCUGGUAAGGUGAAGGGUGUUCACUGUGCAUUUAUAUACAUGCAUACAUUAUGUCAGUCAUUGUUUUCCUGUGUUUUGGGACUUCAUUGCUUUAUGCUCACAGGUGCAUUCAUGGGAAGAAAUAUGGUAAAUUUGUAUUUUAAAAAAUACAUUUGAAUUGUAUAUUUAUUUAAAUGUUAAACAUUAUAAUUUCUUAUUGUUUCCUUCCCCAUGAAAAGGAACAUAUCUGAGUGGCUCAGCAUAAACUUGUAAUUUCAAAAAAUAUAUUUGUAUCAUAGAAGUGAAGUACUGCAUUAUAGUCCAUUAUUAUCCCCAUCUAACUUUAUACUUUAUUCAAUGGACAAUAAUAGCAAAAAAUCGGAAACAUUCGUGAACAGAAGCACCUCUUGUAUCUGUAAAAUACAAGGUGCCUUACAAUUGAAAGAAACCAGAAAGAAAGGGAGCAUAAUUCAGCUAUAAUACUGCACCAGCAGUAUCGGCAUGUUUACAGGUGCGCGUACACACACACACACACACACACAUAUCCACUCAGAGGAUUUGACUCGUAAAACGUGUUUGCGUGUCUCGUGGGUCAAAAGCAUAGAGAUUAGUGUACAGAACACUCUCAUUCUUGCCAAUCUACCCUAAUACCUCUCCAGAGCUGCCGUCCAGAGCAGAUUUGUGACUUGGGCCCGCUUAGGUGAAGAGUAAAGUCACGGUGGACCAACUGGAACUCACAGCCAUGCUUUCUAACAUUCCAGAAGUGCACUGUUUUAAUGGGCUGUGCUGUGAAUAAUAAACAACCUAAGGCCGCAUUCAUUAGUAAUAUGUGGAGUGUCAGACAAAAUGUCAUUUUAUGUAAUAUUAAUGUAAUCUGCUCAACUGAAAUUGUUUAAAUCCAAUCUGUCAUGCUGCAUUGGCAUGUUUGAAUUAUUACCACACGCCAUGAUGUCUGACGUUUUUCUACACCUUUCCUUCACGUCUAUUCCAGCUUGAUUGAUUUAUUUAGCUGUUGCUCCUUAGAGUUCAUAUAUCAGGAUUUUUUUCUAUUUUCAAAUAUAUAUUUAGGAGCAGAAAGGAGGGACAUUUCAUGAAGUUUUCCUGAAAUUCAUGAGAUGUCUUUAUCCCAUUUAUUUACACCUAUUGUUUUGUGAAAUGGCGCAAUGCUUCAUUCCUUAUGAAAUAUUAUCAAAUUACACGAUUACAUAUUGAUUAAUGUGUCUUUAGUCAUCAAUGACAGAAAAUAUUCCUUUAUCUCAGACUGACUAGUGGCAUCGUAUGUAGGAACUCAUUCUACCAUGAUCAGUGUGGGAAUUCCCUUUAUGGGUAGGACUGCCUACAGUAUUUGGUGGGCAUUGAUGAUGUGCAAUCAUAUAAAGUUUUUUAUGACCUGACAUUUGAAUUUUGAUGGGGAAUGUAAUCAGAAGUGUUGAAGGAGUGUCAGCUGGUGAAAUCCUUCAUGAAUUAUUAUCAGGACAUUGUGGAAAUAUUCUACAAGUAUAUACUACUCUAUAUGGAAGCUUAGGCCCAAAGCUAAGUCUGUGACUCACCAAGACAGUAGCUGCUUGAGAUAUUGAAACAUUGCACCAUAAAACACCACAACAUACAGAAAAGUAAAAUAUUUAAAUAUAUGGCAGGAAAUUCUAUAUCUAUCUAAAUUUAUUUUUAAAUAUAUUUAGAAAAUGCACAUAUGUCUCUCAACAUUAUUAUAUUUAAAUAUACGUAAACACAUUUUGCAUAAAUAUGCAAAAACUGCCAAAUUUGAAUAUUUAAAUAUAUUUUCACAAUAUAUCUGAAAUAUACGUUAAUAUAUGAUGUAAAAUACAUGUGUAAUAAAUACAUUUCAAAUAUAAGUAUAUAUACUAAAAUACAUAGUUCCCAUAUAUUUCCACGUAUCUUUUUUCUGUGUGGCAGUGAAGUCAUUUCUUCAUAAUAUAUUUUUUCUGAAAUCUAUUUUUGCAUUUAAAAACAUUAUGACAUGAAAUGCAGCAUUGCAGACUCAUUUAACAUGUCACCUACCACGUGCAUCUGAUCUAAAAUGCCUGCAAAAUUAACCCAUAAGAGAAUAUCAUGACAUAAUUGCAAAAUAAACAUAAGUUUUGCUUUGGUGAAUCACAGUUUUUUUAUGAUGCCUAAAUUCUGGGUAUGUAUCUGCCCUCCUUAAAUUUAGAGAAUACAUAUCUGUUCUAGUUUCGGUGUAUUUACAAGGACUACAAUCAUGCACUAUCCAGUCAGUUAGUUGGAGAGGUAUUUCUUUAAUGCCAGCACUGAAGAUGAAGGUGAAGGUAACAUAAUUGACAGAUCACCUCACACAUGAAUGAAAGAUCAUACAUUGGGACAAGUAGUCAUUUAAAUGUACACUUUUCCACUGAAUGCACCCCUUGAGUUGCAAUUGCAAAGAAUCAAAAUAUGUCUGCUUUAGAAAUAGCUAGACUGGCGUUUUGUUAAUAAAUGGACUCCUGAAUUGAAAUGUCAAGAGUUCAGCAUAAAGUGCCAUUUAAAAAAAAAGAUUGACCAUGUCCACAUGUCGCAACUAAUUCCCCAUAACCAAAUAUUAAAUAAAUCCAUGAGUGUGAAUUGGGCCUGGCAGUCAGAAAAAGCUCACCUCAACUAUUGAAGCCUCACGGUAUUCUUUCAAUGGGUGUUUCACAACAAGAUUUUAAAAAACAUUUCAUGAUCAAUUCACAUAAUUGCAUUUUUAGCAGAGUAAUUGUACCUUUGCCUUGCUUAUCAAAGGUAGCAGAAUCGAAUGUGGAUUUCACACCAUUAGUCUUCAGGCCUAGUGCUCUGCAUGCUAGCUUAUCCCAUUAUAUUUAUAUUAACUAUGAGCAUCGUUUUGUAAAGUUAUACAGAACAUGUUUUCAUACCUUUAUUUUUUUGCUUGACACAGUGACCAAAGCUUCAUAUAUUAUCAGUCAGAAACCUUACAAGCAGAAAAUAAUUAACAUCCAAUCUGUCACCAAAAUGUUUGGAAAGCAGUUAGGCAGAUAUACACCUUUCUGGGGAGGUGGAACCAUCUGUUCAAAAAACUAUAUUGCCAUUAUAGCACAAAUGAUAUUAUAUGUAUAAAAUAUUACCAGAAGAAAAAUUCCUUUUAUAUCUGUUUGACUACAGUAUGUCUAUGAUGUUUUUUCUACAUUUUGUAUGUGUAUUAUUUUUUCAGAACAUAACUGAAAAUAAUUUAACUUGUGUUCAGUUGCAUUGUAACUAUUCAAAGAUUUUAUUUAUAACAUGAAUGGCCUUCUAUGGAGCACUAAGUGCCAAAUGUCCUCUCAAGGUUGAUGACAAUUGUUGUAAACAUAAAAAAGAAAGGGCAAGUACAAAUCAUCCUGCUUUCACUUAGGUUAUUUGUUUCUCUCCAUUCAUUGUGCACGUUAAUGGCUCAUAAUCUGUAUUGUAACACUCUUUUGCACCCAGUGAAUUGACCCAAAACAGACCUGCUAUGUUUCUGCAUCCAUCAAUAAAAGCAAGAACUAAAAAUGUC